UCGCCGACUAAUUAUGUGAUAACAAUUAUAUUGCCAUAAUUUUUACAUCACACUAGAAAGCCGUGACCAAGAAGGGGUGCUAUUCAAAUCGGCAUUUGAUUUGGCUUUUCGGGAAUCCGUCAUUUGAAGUUUGAAAUUGCAAACAUGGAUUUUUAUUGCAUUAGUUGCACAUUCUUCUUUUGGUGUCAUUUAUUGAUGGUCAUUUCUUAUUCAAAUGGUGCAGAUUAUGUCAUAAAGACUUCGUGGGACAAUGUGACUUUAGGUUCUGCUGAGCAAAUCAAGAUAAACCUGGAGAACCAUGAUGAAAAAUCGUUUAAAAUUGUGAUUCAAGCUCCUUUCUAUGAUGAUCCACCUCCAGACACACCUGGUGAUCCUGGUGAACCUAAAUGGAGGCUUUGGGAUUUUGAAUUGAUAAAAGUGUUCUUCCUGAAUGAUCUACAACAGUAUAUCGAAAUUGAGCUGGGAGCGUGGGGUCAUCACUUCGUGCUACUUUUAAAUGGAUAUCGCCACACCAUACAAUUUGGAAUGUUGAUUGAUUAUAACGCAGACCGUACUGAUAAAAGAUGGAAUGGAACCGCCAUCAUAGCUUUAAGUUACUUGCCAGCCAACACGUCCAAGAUGAACAUAUAUUCGUUUCAUGGGAUUAACGACAAGCGUGCUGUCAACGCUCUUUACCCUGUCAGUAAUAAUGCAUCUAAAGAGUUGGAUGACCAUCAGUUAGAAACCUAUCAGCCCUUCGACGUUACUGUGUUAUCAGCAGAUCAAAUUCGAUCAACAUCAUCGGUCUGGACGGAUGCAAUGCAAGGGAUCCGGAGUUUUAAGAUUGCCAAUUCGUGGAACGGCAAAGCACUUUCUCCUGAUGAAAGUGUCGAUUUGCACAUACAACUUGACGCAUCCAGCCGAAAUUUGAUUCUGAACGUGAGCGCCCCGUUCUACGACGAUAGAGCUCCCGAAAAAGCCACUGGAGGCCCAUUUGCUGAUUUGUACAAUUACGAAGUCGUCCAUCUUUAUUUGUUGAGCUACCCCGAUUUCAGAUACGUUGAAAUUGAAUUAGGACCAUGGGGACAUUAUCUUGUCGUCUUCUGGAACGGCUACUACAAUAAAGUGGGAAAUCUGGAUUCCCUUCUGAAAUAUACGGUUAAUCGCAGUGCGUCACGAUGGACUGGGUCUGCACUCAUCCCACUGACCUAUCUGCCACCAAAGGUGUACUUAAUGAAUGCCCAUUCUAGUCAUGGCAUUGGUGCAAAACGUCAGUGGAACAGUUUGUACCCGCUUCCGGCAGACAGCAAUCAAAGUUCACCAGAUUAUCACGCCUUAAAGUAUUACAAAUUCAUCGAUAUUACGGAACUGUAUCCCGAAAACGAUGAUCCAAAGUGCUCUCAGAUGUGGCAAGACUUAAAUGUCUGUCAGACUUCAGCGGUACAGUCGCCGAUUAGUGCUGUUGGCAUUGUUCUCUUCAACGUUGCACUUGUACUUCUAGCUAAUACCUGAGAAAGUGUGGUUCGCAGUUCUGCUUGUCAGCAUAAGUUAAAAUUCAUAGCAUAUUAAACCA